AUGAUUUCUCUCACACGGGAGUUACUUUCUUUGUGUAAAAAGACCCCUGAUCCUUCUCUAAAUAUAAUGAUAGUUGGAUUGGAUGGUUCGGGCAAAACAUAUUUUGAGGAGUAUGUUUCUUCGAUACUGAACAAAGUUCCGCUUCAAGAAAUUUAUGAGAUGUCGACAAUAGGUGUGAAUGCAAAAACAGUUCAUUAUGGCGGGUUUCAAAUUUCGUUGUGGGAUAUUGGAGGUACUUCUUCGUUCCGAAGUGUAUGGAAUCGAUACAUUGAUGAGAGUAAUGUGAUCAUCUAUUGUAUUGACUCUUCUGACCCAACCCGCCUGGAUGAAUCUUUUUCCGCUUUAAACUACCACAAAUCGUUCUGUAGCUUUUGUCCUCACAAAGACGGACAAACAAAACUCACAAACGGAGCAACGAGUAACAGAAUCGCAAAUGCGCAGAACUACCCAACAUCGAUCCACACUUUUCAAUCCACACCGCAACCGAGUCUGUCCCUGACAUCGAAGAACUUUUUGACUGGUGCAUCAAAAACGCUCUUUAAUUUUUGUUUUACUUUUUAA